ACAGCCUCGUAAGGUGACACCUGUCUGAGCAGAUCCAGCUCCCAAAGCGUUCUCUCUGGGUCAUUCCUCUCUGAUGGCAGGAUGCGCCAGACAACACUGGGAAAGAAGGCCGCGCUGUGGACCCCAUGCUAACCCUGGGGCUCCCGGCUCCCGUAACGAAGAGCACCACAGCUGUCAAGACGUUUGCCGAGCAGACACCAACCACGCUGACAGGGGAGCCUCUCUUCUCCAUUCCAGCUGCAUGGAAGCAAAUCUACCAGUGAGUGCUGUUCUGGGCCACAGCCUUCCGGAGGCAAUACAAGCUCUGAAUGUAAGCUGGACAGAAGAGGAGGAAGAGGAACACUGACUUUAAACCCCACUGCCCCUGCCCCUCACUGUUUAGGGCUUAUCCUGUGUACCACACAUCCUUCUUUCUCAGUGAGCUGCAAUGUGGACUUGUCUGUGGCCUGCAUCGAGUCACCCAGAAACCUUCUCAGGAUGAGGCUAGAACUUGGUUGCUUUGUCGUCAUGGUGACCAACGGUUCUGGAACACAUCAACUUCUGGCAGUUGUGUUUUUCAGUAUUAAGACUUGGGUCGAAAGGAUUACGAACAUCCCACUUAUUCCUGGGACUCAGUAAGACAGGUGAUGAGAGUCGGCAGGAAGAGAGGCCCAGUGGAGGAUCCUGUCGCACAAAGAAACAAGUUUCCAGAGAGACAGAGUGCCGGCUGCUUCUGUUCUCCUUUGGACAGGACGCAGGUUUUCUGAGCGGAGGGAGACAUGAAAGUGGCGCCUUGGAGCACCACGGCAACCCCACCCUCCAGCAGCGAUGACAGCGACUCCGAGACUUCCUCCGCAUCCAGUUCCAGCCACAGCCUCUCGGUGGGGUACUACCCCUCCGAGAACACUUUCUCCUAUGAGGACAUGGGCUGUGAAGAGAAAACUUCUGCUGACCUGUCAGCCUGCUUCCUCCCUCCUACCCAAGGGGCAUGGGGGACAGAGAGUUUAAGGAGACAUUUGUGGAGACGAGAUCAGAUGCAGUGUGUCCCAGAGCAGUUCUGCAAGCUAAGCAUCAUGCUGGCCUGGGAUGCUGACGUGGGCUCAGACCAUGCAGUCCCACAAGCUAGUGUGGAUCUGAAUGGCCACCACCAGUGGAUGGACAAGGGACUGGGAGAGAAGACAAAACUGACUUCCGACAAGCUGGAGAAUCUAAUUCAAAGGCUGGAAACAUUUCUAGAAAAUGAGAAAUCUGACCAAGACGACAGCCCUGGAUCUGUCUGGGAGGUCCCCUCCCCGCACGCCAGCGACUCCUCUCCACGCACGCUGCAAGCCUGUCUUGAAGAGCUGGACACUUGUCAAGACUCGUCCACCACGUACAGACCACAGAAAAGCAAAGACGCCACCCGCGUCCUCAUGAGUCCUCUGGGGUUACAGGAAGAGGAACUUGACCCAGAGACGAGGCUGAGGGGGAGCCCCACCGAAACCCCGUCCACCUCUUCCAACACACACACCACGUUCUGCCCAAACCUCCGGUGGGCAUUCUGCUGGCUGAGGAAGCGCCUCUUUUCCAGAUGGAGGAGAGACCACCAUCCUGGUCAGGCAAAAAAGAGUUGUUCUCUUAGAGUCAACAGAAUCCAACCCCAAGAAGGCCUCCAGAAUUAGCUCACCGGACACCUCGAGACUUAUAGCUUUUGAUAGCCUCUGUUCUACAACCCCCAUAGGUUUAAUUUUCUUUUCUCAAUAAACAAGAGUUCUGG